GUUUGUUUUCUCUCGGUUGUGCUACGGGUUCGUUAAUGGCGGGGAUGCAAAGAGAGGCUCUUGGAGCCUACAGGGCCCUUCUUAGGGCAACGAGGAAGUCAUUUACAGGUGACAACUUCAUGCUAGAGCAAUCCUCUAAAGAGAUCAGGCGUAAGUUUGAGGAGAACCGCUAUGUGAGCUCUGAGACUGAGCUUCGAAAGCUCCUUGAUGAUGCCUCUGAAGCUUCUCAUUUCGUCUCGAACAUGAUCGUUCAAGCCAAACUAAACUCUACGGGAAGCUACGAAGUGAAGACCAGUAAAGACCAUGCUGGAUUGACCAUGGAGGUCCCUAGUGAAGAAAAUCUUCCAAAGGCCAGUUGAGGAGAGAUUUUUUGUGAUGUUUUGCCAAUUGGUGGGGUCUUUUGUAAUUUAAGAUGUCUUACAACAAAUGAAUUUUUUGGAUAUUUAACCAGAUUUGAAGUUUUUGAAGUGUUUGAUUUUAUGCGCAUCUUGUUACGUUAUUUGAGAUGUUUAUGCUAAGAGAAAAUUAAUGUGGAAGUUUC